AAAGUUCCAUACUUCCAGAUAAAGAAAGCGCCCUCUCCGGAAAUUCCAGUCCCCAAAAUCACAACAAAGACCGUUUUAAGUUGUUCGGAGACCUAGAGGCAUCCAAUGCAUCUGUUUUGAAGAACUUGAGGCAUUUCUAAAGUGCCGGAAGGGAGUACCCAACCCAAGCACAGUUCAUAAUUACCGAGCAGAUCUGCACGGCCAAUAAUGGAAAUAUGGUGGGGAAAAGGCAACAGACCUUUAGUUAGAGAGCCAGUGACCCCACAAAUCCAGCCUUUAGCUGCAGGUAAUGUGGUUCCUUCUGACAAGAGCAAAAUAAUUGGCAUAAUUCUUCAAAGUGGAGGGAUGUAGGUACCAGUCCAUAUCAAUAAUAGAGAGAGCACGGGCUACUUAGUAAUUUUACAAUAAAAGUUGCAAAUCCACCAAGGCGAGCAAGCAAAUCUAUCAAAACACUUUGUUCCAGCCGCCAACAGAAAAAUAAGCUAAAAGAACAGGUACCAUUUUGUCAUCUUAUGCUUACAUCCAUAUCCACUAAUCUACCGAUCACAGUAUAGCAACUUGCACAUACUUCACAUAUCUAAAAGUAAAAAUCUCAUCAGCUUUAGCUGCAUUACUUUUCAUCACUGUUGCCUCUCCACAUGGCAAUUUAAUCAUAUAUAAGAAAAUUACGGGAGAGGUAGGUGUAUAAAGAACAUCUACUUUUGGAGAUCCACCAUAUUUUUUUUUCCCAAAAGAAAGCUCCUCUAGCCUCUUCAUCCUGAUUUGAGGCAAUGGCAACUGAAGCUGGAAUACUGGAAUCCAUCUCAGAAAAGUCAUGUUUUUCUGCAGAAAGAACAAGAUGAAACAGAAGAUUUAAGAUGUGUUCAAAAUCACAAACCACCAGAAUACACAAAUAAACCACUGGAAGUUUUGAAGGAACAUUCAAAUGAAUCAGAAAUCAAGGGAGGUGAAACUGAUUCAGCUGCUUUGCAGAGCUCACAGAUGAUUGGGCAAUACCCCCCUUAUAAAGCUGCCACACCUACAAGUGAAAGCAGCACUUUAUCUGAGUCAUCUAAAGAUCAAUCCUCACAUUCAGUUACUGUAGGGAUAAUAGAUAGCUCAGAGGGUGAAGUUUUUGUUGAAGCACCUCCUGGAGUUCAGAUUCAUUUAGAGGAUAUCUGCAAUGGUUCCAAUGCUGGUAUACAAAGAGAGGACCCAAUUAAUAAAGAAAAGGAGAAGCUAGAGAGUGGAAUCAUUCUGCAGAAGGAUCAAAAAGAUGACCUGGAUGAGGAAAAAGAUGUCACUGUCCCAAAGAAUUCAUCAUCAGAGGCAAAUUUCACAGAUGCAAGUCUUUAUACUGCAGCUGUUACAAAUGUCCCACUUGAAGAGAAAAUGCAGAGGAAUGAUUUUGGGAAUGACCAUCCUGUCAAAAAAUCUGAUGAGCAUUUUGUUGAAUCAAUUGGUGCUAAUCAGAACACUGAACAAGCUGUUGUUUUGGGUGAGGAAAAGACUUCAACUGGAAUCCAUGAAACCUCAGUGGUCAACCAAUACCAAGAUCUAGAAAACUUGGGAGAUAACGUGGAUGAUAAACAGCCUGAGAAAUCCAUCGAUUUGGUGCAUGAAAAGCAAGAUCUUGAAGCAAUCAAAGAUAAAGAGAAAUCAGAAACACAGGAAUCAAUUGAAAAUUUAAGUGCAAAUACAGAAAGAUUACAACUUCCAGAGGACUUGGGUGAAACAGGGUUACAGAAAGAGGAUGAAGAAAAUGAUAAAGUUGAUGCAUCUGAAGAGGAGAUCCUUAAAUCACUAGAUACCACAGAAAAAGUAAGUGAAAUACAGUAUGGGAAGACCUCAGCUGAUGUAUCUGUCAAAGAGUUAUCCAAUCUUCAGUCAGCAGAGGAAUCUGUGCUGGAGGAUGAAAUGUUGUUAGAGAAAGUUAAGAAAGUAUCUUUUAAGGAACAAGAAGCAAUUCAAAGCGCUAGGGUGAUACUAAUAGAAAUGGAGCCUUGCAAAGAACAAAUGCAUACAGAAAUGGACACUCGUAAAUGCACUUCACAGAUGAAAAAAGAACCAGAAGAGUCUAACAUCAUCGAAGACAGCAUGGCAGACAAGGAUGUUGAGUGCAUUAAUUUAGUUUCAACAGAGAAGAGCCCCGAGACAAUUUAUGCAAGCAAAAAUAUAGAGACUGAAGAUUUGGAUGAAAGGAAAGAGGAUGGACAGAUGGAUGCCUCCCUCUCAACAAAAACAGAAGUUCUGGGCAUUGAAAAUGACCAAAUGAUUACUAUGAUUCAUAAAGAAACAUACAGUGUGCUGUAUGAAGAGAACAGCCUUGAAGCAAAUGAUGCCAUGGAUGCUGGAGAUGAUUCAAAGAAAGGAGAGAAUUUGAAUGAACAGGCCAAAGCCAAAUCCGUAGAAGAGAAGUUCGAAGAGGCUUGCAGGAUUGUAGAAGUGCUUGAUACAAGAGAAACUAAAGCAGCAGCAAUUUCUAUGGAUGAGCCUCAUGUUGUACCCACUACUGACAUAUUAACAGAGGAUAUAAUUCAAGAUCAAGAAACCACACAUUCGAGAGAUGAAAAGGAAAAUGAGGUCCUAGAAGAAGAGGAAAACAGUUAUGACAAUAUCGAUGCCUCUGCCUCUUCACAAUUAACAGAUGAGAUACAGUCACUGACUGAAGAAAAAGAGGCUCAGAAGUUUGAAGAAAUAUCUGAUGUAGUGCAGGAUAAAGAUCAUUGUCAUGAAAAAGUACUCAACCAGGAUGACUUGAAGGCCCAGAUCACAGUGUAUGGCAUACCAGAGGUAUCAAAGGCUCAAAAAGAGGAAGGUAUACAGGAACACGAGGACAAAGAUGGAAUAAAUAUUGACAAAAUUGAAAGAGUUUUUGAAGAUAAGCAUGUUCAAGCAAUAGCUGAAACAAAACCAUCCAAUCGCAUAAAAGCUUCAGAAAAAGGACAUGCACAAGAAGCUGUAUCUGGACACACUGAAGAGCAUGUUGAUGAAACAAUCAAUGAGGGAACUUUAGGUUGUGAACGAAUAAAAGCUGAGACAGACAGUGCUAAGCUUGAAAGCAAUUUCAUUGUGGUGUCUAAGGAAGUUGAAGUAACUGAAGGAAUUGCAAAUACUGAAGAAGUAGAUAUAGACAGCAAAUUGCCCAUGAGCAUGGAAGAAAUGCCCAAGGAAGAUGAAGCGAUGUGUGAGGAGACUGAAAAAGCAGCUGCUGAAUUGAUACAUGAGUAUCAGACUAUAAUGACAAACGAUUUGAACAAGACUGGGAUCCCAAUUGAAAAGAAUGAGAACUCAAAGGAAAAUGUUGGUGAUUUACCUCUUGCACAAAAUUUGGAAGAAGAAACCAUACAGGUCUGUGAAAAUAUGGAUCACAUUAAACAAGAGCUGGAGCCUGAAACUGUUGAAAAUGCUUCAAAAUCAGCAUCUAGACAUCAGAGUCAAACAACCAUAGGUGAUACAGAAGCCACUGAUCUUGACAGAUUGGGAGAUGGUGUAAGCAUGGACAAAACACUUGGUGCUUCAUCCACCAUUCAAGCUUUCAUUUUGAGGGAUACACAGAAAGCAACUGAUCCAGAAGAGGCUGAAGAGAAAAUAUAUGAAAAAACCAAUGAGAAUAUAAGCCAUGAUAAACAUUUAGGAAGAUCUCUUGAGGAGGAGGCUCAGAAGGGUAUCCACCAAAAAAUUGACGAUGACAGAAGGAUGGAAGAUAUUAUUCUUGGAGACGAACAGAUAGAUGACACAAAAGCAAGAUUGUGCUCGAAUGAGGAGCAAAUGGAAGGUAAGAAACUUGAUAAAGGAGAUGAACUUAAACAAGGGAAGGAAACUUACGAAGCUAUUGUGAAUAAAGAUAUCUGUCUAGAAGAGAAUCCAAUUGUAGAUGCUCCAGAAAAUGUCCAGAAGGACAAGAAGUGGGGAAACAAGCUUGAGAAACCCUCUGAUGAGAUCUCUGUGAAAAUCCUCAUGGCUCAAGAGCGUUCUUCCAACAAAGAAGAUGUCAAGGAAAAGGGCUCUCCAGAGGAGAAAGAAGAAAGCUCCCAGGAACCGGAUGAAGUAGGUGUAACACUUGAGCAAACAGUAGAUAGACUGGGAACAGAAGAUCUGAGUCAUAAACCACAUUGUAAAGAUGAAAAGCCUUCCACCAUCACUGGUCAAAAUGCCAAUGCUGAUGAAGCUCGAAAUGACAGCAGUGUUGAUAUAUCUGAUACACAUGAAUUGGCCGGGCAACAUAUAGAUGAUUUAGAGGGCAGUAAGCAUGAAGAGGUCUCAAACUCCGCUUAUGAAGAUCCGAUUGAUGAAAAUACUGACACCAAAGACAACAAAGUAGUUGAUGACCACGACAAGGCAUCUCAAAAUCUUGAAAUGAUCUCAGUAUCUGAAGAUAAGAACCGAGAGAUAACAUGUGAAACUGAAGCUACCAAGAUUGAGAAUUUGAACGCUGAUUACAACCUCAACAAUAUGCAGAUUUCUGAAACGAUAAAUAUGAAUGGUGACAAGGAAACUGCAAGGUCAAUGGAUGAGGAAUUUCUAGAAAAGAAUAUUAAGGAUACUUCUGAUAGUCAUUCCUUGGCCAUGCAAAAAAUACAUGAUGCAGCUGGGGAAAAGCAUGAAUCAGAUACCAGCAUUGAAUCUGAAGAACAAAUUCAUCAAACUACCAGCAACAAAGACAACAUUGACACUGAUAUCUGCAAAGAAAACACAGACUCCAAUAGACUUGGUUUCAUAUCAGAAUCAGGACCUGAGGACCAGAGUGGAGAAUCAGAUGCCCCCAAAGUUGACAACAUUGCAGAUGAUGAUAAGCUUAAGAUUCCUGCAACGGGUGAUCUGAAUGAUGACCAUGAAACUGCAAAGGUGAAGUAUCAAAGCAUCCUAGAAAGGAGUAUGGACACUAUUUUUGAUAGUCGCACAUCAGUCCUGGAAGAAACAUAUGGCAGAGUUAAUGAGAAGCAUAAAGCCCCCAAUCCCAUGGCUGAAGAACAGAUUCAUCAAGCUACCAAUACCGAAGAAAAUAUACAGGUUGCUGUCUAUAAUGAAAACAUAGACAUUAAAAGUCUUGAAAUUGUUGUAAAAUCAGUGCCUGAGGACCAGAGUCCAGACAAAAUGACCAGCAAGAUUGAGAAGACACUUGAUGAAGAUAUGAUCAACGAUACGGUCAUUCCUUUAUCCAAUUCACAGGCUUCAAUCAAGGAUAGGUUACAAGAAGAAGAAAAUCUUACAGUAUAUGCUGAAUCAACUGGAGUGCAACAAAUCACAGAAAGACCAAUUUUGAAAGAAGAAACUAACAAUGAUGCAACAUUAGGAUCAGGCUUGAAACAUAAUGUUAUAGAAAAUGCUUGUGAAUUGGAAUCUGAAGAAAAGCAAGAUGAAGUACCAGAGAAAAAAGAAACUUCAGAUACAGUCCUUGAAGAAUCUCCUAGCAUGAUGAGUGAUACACUUGAAAGAUCUAUUGAAAUUUUGAGUGAAAAACAGAUGAUAUGGGAAAAGGAAGCAAAUGAGAAUAAAGCCUCUUUGAGCAUGGGAUGUGAUUUUGUUGAAGAAGGAUUCCAGGAAGACAAAGAGGAAACAAAGAUUGCAGACCUAGCACCUGAAAGUGCAUACAGCAAUAAAAGCAAUGAAACAAAUGAAGUAAACAAUAGCACGAAAAUUGGAAUCACAAAUAAAGAGGUUGAGACAUCUGAUGACGACCAAAGUCAUGAAGCAAGCUGCUUGGGCAAAGAGCAUAUAAUCAUCAAACUUCAGAGUGAAGAUAAUGAAAAUGCAAACAUUAAGGAUGAGGAGAGCACAAACAACAGGGUUAAUGACACACCUGUCACCAGUGCAUUGGGCAGUGAAGCAGCAUCUGGAAGCUUGCACGGAGGUCAGAGAGAGUCAAUAACUAGGGAAGAAGAAACAAUAAGAAAUAUGAAAUUAGAUCAAGAGGCUGCCUCUGAUUUGACAUCAGUAGAACAAAACUUGGAAGAGAUAAUCAAGACAGAUCUUGCCAACAUACAUAUAUUAGAAGAGGGUGUAAGUCAUGCUAAAAAGAAAUACAAUUUAGUUGCUCAGUACAUGGAGUCUGAGGUUGUCCAUUCAAAUGAUGAAGAAUGUAUAAGCAACACUGACGGUAACUUACACACAAUGCCUGUACCUGCCAAAGAAGGGAGAAAGGAAAUACAAGAAAAACAUGAGAAGUACCCUAAUUACGAAGAACAGAUUCAUGAGAGCAGAAUUGCAAACAACAACAUGGAUGACGAUACCCUUGAAGAAGACAAGAAUAUUGAGGAGAUUGAAAGAGAUCCUGUGAGGGUGUCUGAAGAACAGAGCCAUGAGGGUACCACUAGAACAGGAAUCAUUGAGAAUGAGAUACUCGAGGGUGCAUUAGCUGCUUCCCAAAAUUUUGAUGAAGACAAAACAAGCAAAAUAGCUUUUUUAUCAGAGGGCAAUGAGCAUGGCUCUGAAGCAGGGGAAGUAUGCAAAAGUGCAAUUUGUACACUCUUAAGAGAAGCCAAAGCUAUUGAUGGAGCAGCAUCUGGAACAAGCAUGCAGCCUGAAGGUAUGGAGGCUGAUGAGCUAAAUGAGGCUCAUACAUCAGUCUUCAACAGAAAAUCCGAAAGCCUUGACCCUGAGAAAAAUCAGGAAGAAGAGACACCAACAAGAGAGAGAGGUUCAGAUGCAUGCAUUGGAACACCCUCCAACUUGGCCUCUGUGGAACCUGCAUUGGCUGCUAGAGCUGAGAAUAUGGUAGAUCUAACUAAAGAAGAAUGGAAAGCAACCAAAAUAAUGGACAAAGAGGUUAAAGACUCUGUUUUGGCAUCUCAUGAAAACUCUGAAACAACAGCUGAAACAAAAUCCACUGAACUUGAGCCAAAGGAUGAUUCUUUAACAGUAAAACAGAAUUCAGUUGAAGAAAACAUGCAAAAGGAUGCCUAUUGGGUAGGUCCAGAAGACCAUAUCCAUGAUGCGACAGAGGAUCGUGAAACUUCAGAAUGGGUUGCACUAGAGAACAGAAACAAAGAAGAGAUGGAAGAAAGAGAAAUGUUACAGUCAAAGAAAAUGGAAGAAGGGAGAAAAAAGGAAAGCAAAGAAAUACCGGCAGACAUGGAAAUUUCUGAAGCAAUUUAUCCCAGUGAGUGCAACAAUGAGAGUUCAGAAGAGAAGGGAACUUUAAAUAAAGGUUUGGAGAAAGAGACAUUGGAGGUUGUGGAGCUUGAAAAACCUCUCAGUGCCUUUAACAUAAUGGAAGAGAGUGAAUUUACAGACAGGUUUGUGCCAAACGAAGAAGAGCCAGAAGUUGAAAGAAGUUUACAGGCAAAGGAAAUGAAAGAUGAGAAACAAGAGGAAGGCAAUAAAAUACAAUCAAAGGAGAAAAUCUCUGAAGCAGAUAGCACCAACAAAUGCAACAAGGAGAGUUCAGAAGAGAAGGAAAUUUCAGAGAGGGGUACAGAGAAACAGAAACCGGGCGAUGUGGAACUUCAAAAUAUCCUGAAUGUGGUUCCUGAGGGGCUUGAAGUAGCUUAUCAAACUGAAAACAUUAAUCCCGAUGGACAAGAAAAAGAAGUUAUUGACAAUAUCCUUGAAGAAGGCUUUCAUAAAAAAGAAGACAAGGCACUUGAAGAUACAGUAAUUGACUUGGAUAUCGUCGAUCAUAGUAAUGAGCCAAAUCAUGAUUCUGAUGCUACAGAAGGUGUACUUGCACAAGAAAAGAUCCUAAAAGUAGCGAAUUUCAGCGCAAAAGAAGAGGAUCAAAUAAGGAUGGUUGGCAAUUCAUCCAUCAAGAGUGAUUUGGUAGAAGAAAUCAAACAUGUAGAACCAUCAGGAUCUCACCUACAGGAGAGUGUGGAACCUAAGGCCCUUGAAACUGAGGAGAAAUUUGAGAACAUCAUCUUUGAGGAAGAAUCUGAGAAAAAUGAAAAGUUGGGUGUGGGGUCACAGAAUGAUGCAAAUGAAGUGAUGCAGCUAGAAGAAGCAUCAAACAUGGUGUUCGACAGACUUCUGACAACUGGCUUGAGUGAGAAAACUGAAACAAAGAUCACAGCUGAAGAUGUUGAAGCUCCUGAUGUUUCCCAUGUAAGAGACAAACCUCUCCACGAACAGAUUCAGGGAUAUGAGAACAAAACCGAGAUAAAAAAACCAGAAACCAAAAGGGAGUUUGAGGAAACUGAUACCAUAGUGAAUGAAACCCUAAAUGAUAAGGUAAAGGAACCUGGUUAUAUGUCAUCAGAAAAGAACCAUGUGAAGAUGGAAUUGUCUGAGAAGAUAGAUACCACAUCACCAGUAGAUGAGGAGGAGCCAACAAAGAAUGUUGAAUUUUCAUCAAUUACAACAGCAUCAAGCAGUGAAAUCAUGCAGGAUGUCAGUGAGAACCUUGAUAAGGAAUCUGUGCCCAAAGAAUCCACUCAGAUAGAUGCUAAGACCAAGGUUAUGGGUAUUGAAUUUGCAAAUAAUAUGAUGAAUGAUGAAGAAGGGCCAGUUGCAAUUGAGAAGUUUGAGCACAUAUCCACCAAUUCAGUAUUUGUAGACAGGACAUGUAACAAAAACAGUAUGACCACUGAUGCUAAUGAGAAAGGUGAAGAGGCCAUAGACCAAGAAGACAGAGAGAAGCUAGAAGAAGCUUCAAACUCAGUGUCCAAUGAAAAGGUCGAUGAGUGGGACGAUUCUUUGGUAGCAUUCAUUGAGGAUAAGGAUAACUCACAAAACGCACCUAUCAAACAAGCAACAGAAGUGACCUCAUCAGCAGAAGAAAAGGAAAUGAUAUGGCAGAUGGAAGGGGAAACUCAUGAAAAAGUUAGAGAUUUUCGUAAUUCAGAAAAUGAGGAAAACCAACAGACUGACCAAGAUGAUUUGCCUGUAUCGCGUAUUUUAAUGGACCAAAUCCUGCAGGAAGAAGGUGAUAAGCUCGCGGAAGCCUGUGAUGCAAAGCGUGAAGAUAAGCUACAAGAAAACAUUCAUGAUCAGCAAAAUGAUGUCAACAUAUCAAAACAAGAAAGAAAUUCAGUCUCAUUGUCUGUUGAACAGGUAAAAGAUGACACAAGCAUAUCUGAAGGCAAAGAAGAAGCUUUGUUAAAAAUUGAAGGCAGUUCUAAUUUGGUGCAACAGAGCCAUGAUUUAAAGAAAGAUACAGAAAAUGCAAUAUUAAAGGAUGAUGAAAGCCCAGACAGAAAUCUUCAUGACACAUCUCUAACAAUGACAGUUGGUGAAGAUGUGAAGGAUGAACUUUCUCAUUUAUUGGCUAAAGAAUUAACCAACAUUGUUUCAUAUAAUAACAUGGAACCGGUAUUAGCAGAGGAAGGUAGUCCAGAAAGUAAAGCGAAUCUUGAUGAGUUGAAAAAACAGGAUAAUAUAAUUCCAAUACCUGCCCCUGAAAUGAUGACAGAAAGCACAAUCCAAAAGGAUGAUGAAAGCCUGAAGAAAAACAGUGAUGUUGCAACUGUUAUUGAGGCUUUUGAAGAGGAUACUUUAAAGAAAGAGAGCGGAAAUGAAAGUCCAGAAAUUUCUCAGGGCAUUGCAGAGAAUGAUAAAGCUUCCUAUGCAACAUCUGAGGAGAAGACUCCUUCGGCUGCUGAACCAGUUGGAAAUGCAAAGGGUGAAAUUCAGGUUGAAGAAACUGUAUCAAAUAUCCAGGGUGAUCAAACUGGCAAGUCCUUCCAGUCUUCUAGUGUUGAAGACAAUACACUUGGAGAAGCUUCAGAAACUCAGUCAGGAGGUAUAAAAGUCGAGAAUGGAAAAAAGAAUCAAGAUGGAAAUGCAGAAAGUCGAAUGAAAGAUGAGAAAAAAAACCUACUUGAAGAAUUAGAAGUAGCUGAUUCACAUAAGGUCCAGCAAUCUGAGUCCAUAGUGGAACCUACCAAUGAAACAGUCCAGGCAGGGGAAAGGUUCUUGGCAGAAAGAAGCCCAACAGUCAGUGCAGAUGAAAAGCAAGCUAAAGAGAUAGCAGAUGCCCAUAUGAAGGAAGAGAAAACGGAUGAAGAGAAAUAUGAAAAGGAAGAGGAAGAUGAAAAUAAAACUGAGGAAUCUGGCCAUGAUGCGGCAGUAGUUGUGGAAGCUAAAGACGCAGAUGUGAAGCCAGCACACAAGAAAUCACACAAUAUUCUAUCAGGUGUUGGAUCAAAGGUCAAGCAUUCCAUUGCAAAAGUGAAGAAGGCCAUAACAGGUAAAUCUUCACAUUCAAAGACACUUUCAUGAAGAUAAGAACGGUUGUAGAGGAAUAGAUUAUGAGCAUGUGUCAGGAUACUUCUUUUGGUUUUUCUUUUAGCAAGCUUUUGUUAUCAUGUUAGCAAGGAAGUGGAAUUGAAUGGUCUUCAUCAUAUAUAUAGCCCCUGAUGCUCAUUUUAAUCGGAUAAUUCCUUUACUGUGGGGGUACUCAUAACAGUCAGAGACUGGUGAUCUUUUAUUUUGGACCAUAAUGUGAUUAAGUCUAGAGUGCCAGUUUGAGAUGUGUGAAUAUGUACACUAUAUUAUCUGUUGUUAUUGUCAAUCUGUUUGAAUGAGACCAGUUUGCUAGCGUAUUGCAUAA